AGGAAAAAAAAAAAAAAGUGAAGAAAAUUAUCUCGCUUAAAAAUCAGUGGAGGGCAAUCCCAAAUUUGUCUUUCGAGGUUGAAGAAGAGUGGGAGGCGAUCCAUGGCAUCGACGAGUGCGGUCACUGCUAAGAUUUCACACGACUGGAAGCAGCUUGCCCUCGGCAAGCCAAAUUUAAAUAUGAAUCUUGCUGGUAAACAGAACUUGUCUUGGCCGAGUCAACGGCAAAAUUCUGGAAACAAUAAUAGAUCUCUCCGUGUGUAUGGAUUAUUUGGAGGAAAGAAGGAUAACGAGAAGAGUGAUGACACACCUUCGAAGGCAGGAAUCCUUGGCAACAUGCAAAACUUGUAUGAAACUGUGAAGAAGGCACAAAUGGUUGUCCAAGUCGAGGCAGUACGGGUGCAGAAAGAGCUUGCUGCAGCAGAAUUUGAUGGUUAUUGUGAAGGUGAGCUUGUAAAGGUAACCUUGUCAGGGAACCAGCAACCUGUCCGGACAGAUAUCACUGAGGCAGCAAUGGAAUUAGGCGCCGAAAAACUUUCCCUUUUAGUCACCGAAGCAUACAAGGAUGCGCACCAGAAGAGUGUCCAGGCCAUGAAGGAAAGGAUGAGCGAUCUUGCUCAGAGCUUGGGCAUGCCACAAGGCCUUAGUGAGGGAUUAAAAUAAGGAAAAUUUUGUUUUCCAUGCAUUGGUAGAUGAGUUUCAAUUUUGUAUAUUAAGCAGGCCAAAUGCCAAUUUGUACUACAUAUUGAUUUUACUUUACUUGUUUUACUAUUAAUUUGAAUUACAAGUUCAAAAAGGUAUUCAGAACCUGUU